CGAUUUCAGCGACGCUGACGUUCCGGAGGGUCAUGUGAUCAGCUCUGUUCCCAGGGUUCCGUGAGAGCCUAUUUGCCCCACCCCACCUCUUCAGUUCUGGCUAAGAUUGCUAUGCCCUGCUCUCGGACAGAGACAGAAGGUGGAAGAAUUAACGUUUAAAAGAAAAAAUAUCAAGCCUUUGAUGGGCCGCCCGCACACAUCCAGCAGUUCGCUGAGGGACUCGUGCAAACAACGUGGAGGAAUGUGAGCGCGCGCGGGGCUCGCUCUCACCGGCCUUCUGCACGUGCGCGAGAGAGGUGCAGCUCGGAACGCUGAACCCGAAGCUGAGGCUGUCAGCGCCGAGGUUAAACAGCCGCGAGAUAUGUGGAAAAGCCGAUAAAUUUCUCUCGUUUGGUCGUUUUAGCGUGUUGGGAUCGUGACCGCCACUGUUUUGGGCUUGUUUUUGUUCAGUAGAAGGGAGCUUCGACGCGAAAGGACGGACAUUACGCUGAAUCUCAGGAGAAGCUAAACUAACGAAGGCCCCUUGGAUUGGAGGGGAGGGGGGCAGCAGCAGCCAUCACAGAAACGGGCGAAAUGAGGAAAAAUUGAAUUAGUUCCAUAGACAAACGCGAAUACACGGAUUUACACCUUCUGUUACAAAAACCCGGGACAUGUUUUGAGAUUUUCGGUUUCUGGCUGGGAAACGAACAGCACGAGAAAAGACAUAGUUGUAGCGAAAAUAAUUCUCGCUGGUCUUGCUAGCCAGCUAGCUCUGAUACACGGCUACCUCUGCGUGGAUCAGGGCUACAAGUAGGAAACGAGGGCCUUGUUGUGCUGAAAUGGUUCAAAUCAAACAGGACCCGUGUGUAUGUGUUUCAGUGCGGUCCAAGAAAUCGAUACGAGUUGUUAUUUCCAGCCAGUAGCUUGGGUAAAACCGUUUCGUGACAUGAGCUCGUCGUUUCUUCGGCUCUUCGUUGGAAAGUUGAGGGUGGAGGCCUCGAGUGAUCAAUGGAUGGAUAUUAAGCUGCUUUAGGACGUAAGAAUUCGCUUGUAAUCCGAGGGAAUUUCAGCGAACGUUUGUUGUCGAUCGCUCAUAUAUUUAUAUUAUAAAUAAAUAAAACUCCUCUUACCCUUUCACCCAGAGCUAUGAAAACACGCAUAAUGAACUCGUUAGUCAUACAUCAAUGUCAUGGCUGAAAUGGUCAUUGAGGAAGGCUAUAGGUUACAUUGCGACCACUUCAAAAAUGUGUAGCCUAUAUGUCCUCGGCAAGUCGAGUCAUUUUGUGGAUCGAGCACAAGUAGAAUAAGCUUGUUCGUGUGUUUAUUAUUAUUAUUACUAUUAUUAUUUUUGCCGUCGCAUUUCCCCUGGACCUCCUCUUUCGCGGGAAAGAUGGGCUGCUUGGGCAACAGCAAGACCGAGGAUCAGAGGAACGAAGAGAAGGCGCAGCGGGAAGCAAACAAGAAAAUAGAGAAACAGCUUCAGAAAGACAAACAGAUCUACAGGGCCACGCACAGAUUGCUGCUUUUAGGUGCAGGAGAGUCUGGGAAGAGCACUAUUGUCAAGCAGAUGCGGAUUUUGCAUGUUAAUGGAUUCAAUGCUGAAGAGAAGAAACAGAAGAUUCAAGACAUUAAAAACAACAUAAAAGAGGCCAUAGAGACUAUAGUUGCUGCUAUGAGUACUCUUGCUCCACCUGUCCAGGUCGCCUGUCCAGAAAACCAGCGGCGAAUUGAAUACAUCACCAACCUACCUAAUCAGAAGAACUUUGAGUUCACAUCUGAGUUUUAUGACAAUGCAAAAAAACUAUGGCAGGAUGAUGGAGUGAAGGCCUGUUAUGAGCGUUCCAAUGAGUAUCAGCUGAUCGACUGUGCACAGUACUUUUUAGACAAAAUAGACAUCGUGCAGCAGAGCGACUACACACCAUCUGACCAGGACCUGCUCAGAUGCAGAGUUCUGACCUCUGGUAUUUUUGAGACAAGAUUCCAGGUGGACAAAGUAAACUUCCACAUGUUUGAUGUUGGUGGGCAGAGAGACGAGCGUCGGAAGUGGAUCCAGUGUUUUAAUGAUGUAACUGCCAUCAUCUUUGUUGUGGCCAGCAGUAGCUAUAACAUGGUCAUCCGAGAAGACAAUCAAACCAACCGCCUCCAAGAAGCACUUAAUCUCUUCAAAAACAUCUGGAACAACAGAUGGUUGCGGACGAUCUCUGUAAUUCUCUUCCUGAAUAAGCAGGACCUCUUGGCUGAAAAGGUCUUGGCAGGAAAGUCAAAAAUCGAAGAGUAUUUUCCGGAGUUUGCUCGCUACACCACACCAGAUGAUGCAACCCCUGAGCCAGGAGAGGAUCCGCGAGUCACGAGGGCGAAAUAUUUCAUCCGGGACGAAUUCCUGAGGAUCAGCACAGCAAGCGGUGACGGCCGCCACUACUGUUACCCACACUUUACGUGCGCAGUGGACACAGAGAACAUUCGGCGCGUCUUCAAUGACUGCCGAGACAUCAUCCAGAGAAUGCACCUCCGCCAGUACGAGCUCUUGUGAUUGGAUGAGCUCUAGAGGCAGACUUUUAAAAAGAGACGGACUUUUGAAAAUCUUGUGUUUUGGCCAAGUUUGAGAGUGAUGGAUCGUCUAAGAGCUGUGGGCUAUUGGCCCCUUGUACCACACACAUGCACACACUUUUAUCAUGCUGUUGAGGACCAAAUAUCAUGCAGUAUCCAUUUGAACCAGCAGCCCCAUUUCAAGGCAGUUAACUGCGCGCACACACACGCACACACACACACUUUGACUGACUGAGACAUAAUUAAAAGUUUAUUUAAAGGUCAAGUCAUAUGAUCAUUUGCAUUAGUAGAUGACAAACAGAUGUAUCUAAAAAAAAAAAAAUGUUCUACCUGACAAAAUUGUACUCCUACAAACACAUAGCUUACUGUCUUUAGUUUUGCUUCUUGGGUCAGAUCACCCACCCAUCAGAGUGUGUGUCGCAAUACAUACACACACGGCUGACCCCGGCAGUACAUGACAGUCUUGAGCUGAUUUGUGAUGGCCCCACUGCUGGACCUGAAUCACAGGAUUGUGCUUGAUUGAGUUUUCAGUUGGCUGGAUCAGCUUUACUUGCCAUCCCUUGACCCCUCUUAUGGAGAUAACGAUGAUUUCUCACCAAAUGCUAGAAGAGCAGAACAGGCUGCAGUGAACAAGAAGGACACUUGAGACACAACCUUGUCACCUGACUUGCUAGCUGCUUUUGGAAUGAUAAACUUGAACGAUCGCAACUCUCCACUCCGCAUCCCCACUCCCUUUGAUCUACUAAUUUAAUGCAAAUAAUUUGAUUGAGAGCACUCUUGCUUUGGGGGGGGGGAGGCAACACACACAUAUACAUAUAUACAAGGUAAAGAUGACUUUUGCCAAUGGAAUACUGCUCCCUUCUACCGUAUUUCUUAUUGGUCACUCUUGCCAUCUUCCCAGUCCUCCUUUUCCUGUUCUCCUGCUCUCUCUCUCUUCCCCUCCAACCCUCUAUUUUAUUGCUGGACUAUUAUUCUUGUACAGACUGCAAAAUGUAUUAUUUUGUACUUUAUUGAAAAAAAAAGACUUGUAGAAGUUCCUGUGCCUUGAUCACAACACUGCGUGUAAAAAGAAAAAAAGAAGAAAAAAAGAGCUAAAGGCGUAAGGUAUGUCUGCGCUGUAUUGCUUAGCCUCUUAGCCACCCUUCCAACCAAUCAGUUGAGCGUCUUUGUUGCUCUUUCUCUCUCUCUCUUUCCCUCAUGCCUCUGCUUCUCCCAUGUUGUGUUAUUCCAGAUUGCUUUACAUCCACAUCCCCCUCCCUUUUCUGAAGAGAGAAAUAAUAAUUAGAACAAGUAUGGAUGUAAAAACAAACAGCUUCUUGGUUUUAAUUGAAUCAAGGAAAUUUGACACCAGUUGUGUGCACUUAAUGUUCUGUGCAUUACUGCAGUUGCAGUCCUGUUCCCAGGGGGCUGGAAAAUGACCUUACUGUUUUAUUUCAGUUUUAGCUUUAAGGUUAAGGGUGGUGGGGGAGGGAGCUGGCUAUCCAAAUGCAAAACCUGGCUUGUUUCUACAUUAUUCCAUUUUUCCUAACUAAAGAAGAAGCCAAAAUAGUUCUGUUUUGAGUCAUUCUUCGAUGUGUCUCAAGGAAAUCAUGACAUCAAAAGAGGAUUAAA